AUGCAAAAUCAUAUGGAUACAGCUCAUGAUCGGAUGAAAUUUAAUAAUACUCAUGAUUAUCAUCAUGAUCAUCCUCAUCAGCCAGACGUGAAAUUAAUUUUAUGCUCGUUAGUAGAGAAUUUUACAUGCUCAAUGGAAUUGAAAGAUGAGGAUGAUGAAUGGAUGAUGAUGAAAAAAUUAAAAGAAACGAUGAAUAUAACGAAAAACAAAAAGAAAAAGGGAUUUUUAAUGAAUUUCCAUUUUGUUCAAGAGAUAGUUCCGAAACCAAAGAGCACAUACAUUCCAGAACUUAUUUACAUUUCAUACAAUCAUUCUUGUAUAUUAUUGAAAGUCUAUGAUAUGAAUAGAUUGUAUAACGAGGCUUCCAUGAAGGAUGUCAUUCAAGUGUUCGAUCUAUACACAAGAGAAUUUAAAACAACAAUUGAUUUUUCAAUUUCUGAAAACGAUUCCAUCGAAUUUGCAUUACAGGAAAAUUAUGAUGGGCAUAAUAAUGAUGCAAUUAUUAUGCAUUCAACCUCUAAGCAUGUUUACAAAUGUGACUUGAGAACAAUGCUAUUACAGAGUGGAAAUGAAUUCAAAUUUAUGGAAAAUUAUGUUUGGAAGAGCGAGUCAUGCUUUCUUUCUCCAAGAAGAAUUACGAUUUUAAAUUCAACCAACCAAUGCUAUAUUUGUGAUUCAAACUACUCAUUGGUUGUGUUAAAUUUACAUUUUGGAACAUUUAUUCAGAGAAUUGACUUGGGAUCACAGUUAUCUAGUUUCUCCCACAUUGAUUUUGUGGACUCUUCUACAAUGGUUCUCUGUGAUGACCAUGGUGUUUCCAUCUAUAACAGGAAAGAUGAUUCUUGGGUGAAAAUGAAAACUAUAAACAAUGGUCAUCGAUAUCAUAGCAUAUUAUGUGACUCAAUUUCACACCAUAUCAUCAUUUCAAACCAACUAGCCGCUGGAUAUAUUCAAAUUUUCACCUCCUCUGGAGAAUUAGUGAAAACCUUUCAAGCAAUGCUAAACGAAGAUUUUAUCACUCCCCGUGCAAUGUGUAUCAAUUAUUUGACAGGAGAGUUAUUAAUAUGUGACUCAAGCUCUCAAAGGGUUGUUUUUUUCCAGUAA